AUGCUUUCUGUUCCUAUCACUUUCAGCAGACGCCUCAGCUUCUAAUCCAGCACAGAGAGGAUCACAGUGUGCAUUAUGAUUUAUACCAACAUUACCAUCUUUCACCCUGCAGUUUUUGUCCUACUUGGCAUCCCUGGGUUGGAGGCUUAUCAUAUUUGGUUGUCUAUACCCAUUUGCCUCAUGUAUGUCACUGCAGUCCUGGGAAACAGCAUCCUUAUAAUGGUCAUCAUCAUAGAGCAUAGCCUUCAUGAGCCCAUGUAUUUCUUCCUCUCCAUGUUGGCUAUUACAGACAUCCUGCUGUCUACUACUACUGUGCCCAAGGCCCUGGCCAUCUUUUGGCUUCAUGCCCAUGACAUUGCUUUUGAUGCCUGUGUCACCCAAGUGUUCUUUGUCCACACAAUGUUUGUGGGAGAGUCAGCUAUCCUGUUAGCCAUGGCUUUUGACCGCUUUGUGGCUAUCUGUGCACCCCUGAGAUAUACAACAGUGCUAACAUGGCCUGUUGUGGGAAGGAUUGCUGUGGUUGUUGUCAUUCGAAGUUUUUGUAUCAUCUUUCCAGUGAUCUUCUUGCUGAAGCGUCUGCCGUUCUGUCGAACCAACAUUGUUCCUCAUUCCUACUGUGAGCAUAUAGGAGUGGCCCGCUUAGCCUGUGCUGACAUUACUGCUAACAUCUGGUAUGGCUUCUCAGUGCCCAUUGUCAUGGUCAUAUUGGAUGUGAUCUUUAUUACUGUGUCUUAUUCAUUGAUCCUCAGAGCUGUGUUUCGUUUGCCCUCCCAGGAUGCUCGGCACAAGGCUCUUGGCACUUGUGGGUCCCACCUUUGUGUCAUCCUUAUGUUUUAUGUUCCAUCCUUCUUUACUUUAUUGACACACCGCUUUGGGCAUAACAUUCCCCGACAUGUUCAUAUCCUGCUAGCCAAUCUUUAUGUGGUGGUACCACCAAUGCUCAACCCCAUUGUCUAUGGUGUGAAGACUAAGCAGAUCUGGGAAAGUGUAUCCCAUUGGUUCUUUAAUAUCAAGAUUUGGUGCUGUUCCUCUGCUUUGGACCGAUAGAGCCCCAUGAAUCUUCAUGCCCAGCUUCA